AUGCGGUUCCGCAACCUUUUUGCGGUCUGUCUUGCGACUGAUGUCGCAUUGGCUAGCGUUUGCAAACCUCGACCUUCUGCCAGUUCUAGCGUUAUGACUGUCGAGAGUGCAACCUCGACCAUUUCUGCUACCGCUCCAACGACGACUGUCCAAGCUGAAUCGACCACUGCUACCUCUGCCGAUCUGUCGACUACUCUCACGUCUACUGUUGAUGACGAGACUACAGCGGAGGCUACAGAGACGGCUACUACCAUCGAAACAUCCGUGACUGUCGGUUUAUCGACUACUGCCAUUGAGACAACAGGCACUACAGAGACCGCCAACACAGAGACCGCCACUACAGAUACUACAACCACGGAUGGUGCAGCCACUGAUGAAACCACAACAACUGCUCUGGCUACGUCUGCUGAGACAACUACAGCCGAUGCCACCACCACAACCGCGGACAACUUCGACCCAAUCCCAACGUUCAACGUCCUCGCUAUCGGCGCGCAAGUCGAUGGCCAAAAGCUCAGCGGCGAGGUAGAACCAGGCUACGACAUGGGAUGGAACCUCCCAGGCGCACCGCAGAUCCUCGCAUUCUCCAUUGAACCAGACACAAGCCAAGUCAGAGAAAUCGGCGGAAACUAUCUGUGCGUCCGAUACACCGACAGAGACAUCCACUUUCUCACGCUCUGUGAUCCCGGCACGGAGACCAACUUCAUGGGCGGUAUUGCUAGGGUUACAUGUGAGCAGACUCGCGAUCAAAGGCUGGAGUGCUCGGCUCCUGCUGGGCAGUGCAUGGACGACCCUCUUACUGGUAUUCCGAUUUGCUCGGCCAUGCCUGGGACGUUCACGGGAUUUUAUGCGUAUUCUGGUGGGCCGACAGGAGUUACUCUUGCCAUGGGACGGGAGGAUAUUGCUUCUACUACUGAUACGCAGUCUGUUGACCUUGGGAUUGAACCUGCUUCUGAUGAUACAUAG